UACUUCCCGUUUUCGGUCACACUUGCCGUUUGUCUUGCGUUUUCAGUGUCUCAAAUUAGCAAAGUUUUAGUAAAACUUUUUGAUUAGCUCUUUAGUUUGUACUAAAGCAUAGCCAUACUUCCAACAAUAAACUGAUAUAGACAAUAUGGCACUUAACCCACAGUACGAAGAUAUCGGCAAGGGUUUCGUUCAGCAAUAUUAUAGUAUAUUCGACGACCCGGCGAACCGCGCUAAUGUGGUUAACUUCUACAGCGCAACAGAGUCCUUCAUGACCUUCGAAGGCCAUCAGAUACAAGGAGCGCCAAAGAUACUUGAGAAAGUGCAGAGUCUGAGUUUCCAAAAGAUCACGCGCGUAAUCACCACAGUUGACUCGCAGCCCACAUUCGAUGGCGGCGUCUUGAUCAAUGUGCUGGGCCGUCUACAGACCGAUGAGGAUCAGCCGCAUGCGUAUAUUCAGACCUUUGUGCUCAAGCCUGUGGGCGUUAGCUUCUUUGUGCAGCACGAUAUCUUUAGGCUUGCGCUGCACGAUGUGUAGCCAAGCAGAUCGACAGUAAACAACAACAACAACAACUACAACCGAAACACACUCAGAGAGCGAUCUUGGCCAGGCAAAUGCGAUGACGAUCCGCCACACGCUUUCUCUCAGGUGUUUGUGUUGAAAGCCAAUGCCGGUACCUAUUUUGUUGCUCACGAUAUUUUCCGCCUUAACAUACACAAUUCUGCCUAAGAAAGCCACAACAACAGCCAACAGCAAUCACACCAGCAACCAGCAGCAACAACAUCCAAAGAUGCAGCCCUAGAUCAACACAACUACGACGACAACUUAAAAAGACGGUGUUGCAUAUUUUCUCACGUCAAUCAAGCAUAAAAAGCAUACAAAAAAAACAAAAAAAAACACACAAUAAAAA